GUCACGCUUUAACUCGCGAUCCGCGAGGCGGAUGCUACCGGAACGCGCGGAAGUCGCAGGUGUGUAGGGUAUAUACACCGAUGUAACAAGAACCCCGAAGGCUCGGGCUCCUGUCGCGUAGCUCCUGCGCUCUGUGCCUGCGGGGAACCGCGGCGAGUCACGGCGGUGGCACGGACGGCGUUUAAUAACAGCAGGGGGCCUCCUGAUCGGAGGCGAGAAGGCAGGACAGGUGGUGCGGGUGUUGUUCAGGUGUUCGCUGGCCAGGAGAAGACAGAGAGUUCCCGUUCUGGCCGGAGUUCCGUGGUGCUGACCGCGCGCGGGCAAGACCUGUUCGUCUCGCGAGGAAGGUUUUACCUGAUCGGCGAAAGUGCGGAGAAUAUCGGCGGAUCGAGCCGGUGUGGGCCGAUCGGCGAAUGGAUCGAGGAUUCAUCAUCGAUCCUGCUCUCGUCGUUCGAGGUAAACACGAACGUUGCCGAACGGCCGCGGGACUCGAGGAACGUCGCGGCGAAGCUGGCGCAACGGCAGGCAACCAGUUGCGGGUCUAAUUGUUCCUGAAACCGGAGCCAACGCGGAAACCACGGGCAUCGUGUCUCUCGGACGUCGAUCUCGAUAAAGAUCGUCGGGGGUGCACGUCGCGAAAGGGGGGCUGGCUGUCGUCCGGCCAUCGGCCGACGAUCGCGGGACUAAGGCGAUCGGAUUUCCACAGGCAACAGGAUUUCGCAGGCAACGGUAUCGCGGCCGAAGAAACGUCGCCGGGGGUAUAUCCUUUCACGCGAAGGGAAGGAAGAAGGUUCGAUCGAUUUUUGAACGCGUGACACGAGCGGCGUUAUCCUUCGCUCGGCGUUCAGGACGCGCCUCCUGUUGAUUACAAGCGCUAAUGGCAACGGCGGUCGAUCGAUCAUCGACCUCGUUAGCCAGCAGGAUUCUCGGUCGAUGAUUCGGCCCGCUGGAUCGAUUCGUCCGAACGGUGUUCGAACGGAGAGAAACGGGGAGAAGAGAGACAGGCGUGCGUUCGGAGAUCGUCCGAGACCGACGAGGAUCGUCGUCGCAGCUCCGUCGAGGACAAUUUUCUAAAUAAAGAGAUCACCGAUCAACGCGGUUCGAUUUCUCGAGAUCCAUGCAAAAGUGUUUUUCCCGUUUAGAGAAAUAAAUAAAUACCGAUUGUAAUCGGGCGACCCGGAACCAAGUCGUCGGUGGUUCUCGACUUGGGCGAACGAUUCCCGCUGCGCGUCGUCGAUACCGCGGGCCCACGGUUCUUUCUCCCCUAAGUGAUAGUUAUCGCGGCGGGGGCGUUCGAUGGUGUGCUUAGCGCGAAGAUAACGGCCUUGAAACUUUUCCGCGCGGAUCAGAGGGGCCGUGGAUUCGAAACACCGCCGGAGAUGCUCUAGCCGCCCCCUCCGGCAUCAUGUCUAUCUACAGCUAAAAGGUCGUGAUCGAUCGGCUCCUACUUCGAUGGCCUAAAAGAACUUUAAACGUGCAAGGUCAUUAUGCACACCGGGGAAACGGGGACAGUCUAAAGUGCAGGGGGGAGGAAAUUCGAGGAAGCGCGCAGGAGUUUCUCGCGCGACCAGGAGAACGAACGAUUCGGCGGCGACGACGACGACGACGGAGACGGCGGCGACGGCGACGGCGGCGGCCCGUGUGCUCCGCGGGAAUAAACUUUCGCAAGGCCUAGCCGACCUAUUUACCCGAGGGGAAGAGAGCACAGUAACGUCUCACCGGAAAGAGAGCCCUCUUCGAGACGGUCCAGAUGACGCGAUAGCGGGGAUUCGCUGAUCCGCGCGAUGUCGUGUCAAGGACACCCGAGGAAACGGGAACGAACCGGUAUUAACGCGAUGUGCCACGCCGAUCCAUUUACCAUCGUGUACCUGUCGCAUCGUUCCUCCCGUUCGAUUCCGGUGGCUCGGCGACGAUAACGGAGAAGACAGCGACAGCGUCUUCGGACAGGCGAGGGAACAGAGAAAGAGAGAAAAAGAGAGAGAAAGAGAGAUAGAGAAUUAAUUAGCCGGAGCAGACACCUAGGACACGGACCGAGGCGCGGUCUCUUCAGCGGUAGCGCGUCGCUUAAAGGUGUUCUGCUAAAUGAGACCGUUCAAGAAACGAGUGAAUCAAGCGGUUCAGAAAGCUAGCACCCUCCUCCCGCGGAGCUCGGAGCAGGACGCUCGACCUCGGUAUCAAUCCAGCCUCUGACCCCAAAAUCAGCACACAAAGCAGCCCCGCCAGCACUCGAUGAGUCCUAGUGAAGAUAAGGAUCCUCGAGCACCCUCGAUCGUUCGCCACGAAAGCCUGAAGAAGAUCCGGUUGGCACCUAUCUGAGAGCGGUUGGGUGAUGCGCGGGAGCAGCUCCGAGCUCUUGCUGGAGGCGAGCUGCGUCCAGUGCCAGAGCGAUCAUCACAGCCAGCAUAGGCAUCAGCAGCAUCAGCAGAACGAGAAGCACGACUUCCAGAAGCGAGAGCUACGUCGUCGCAAGCUGUUGGAGUUCGGGUUCGGCGCUUCGCGGCGCCGACCGCCACGGCGUACCUGCCGUCAGCGGUUCAAUUUCUACGCCACCUCGGCGCUGGCCUUCGUCGCGACGUCUGGCGGGGCGGCCCUCCUAUUUCUAGUGCCCCUGUACGUCGAUCCUGCCAUCAGCACCUUGGCCGCCGAUUUCUCACCGGAGCCGGUCAUCUGCACCACUUCCAGACGGGAAGAGCUCUACGGCCUCUUCAACUGCACAUGGAGCUCCUGCCGCGAGGGAUGCACCAGCGACGUCUACAGGUGUACGCACAUAUACGUCACCUACACGCCAUGGAGCAACAACACCAUGAAGAACGACACAGGCGGUAAAGGGAACUCGAGCACUAUCGGCCUUCUACACACCUCGACCACCACCGUGCCGACGCCAGGCGACGUCGAGGCAGCCCUGCUGGUGAAUAUCAAGGGGUGCGGCUACCCGCCGAUCGUCGACUGCGACAACUUCACCCGCGAAUUGGGCUACGAGGGCGCGAGGUUCCCCUGCCAUUAUAGCCGCGUGAACGGCAGCAUAGUGAUGGCGAACUAUGACCGCGAGGCGCAGGUUACCACCAUCAUACACUUCUUCGCGGCGCCGUUCGUAGUGACUCUCGCGACCAGCGUCGCUCUGUGUGUGAUGCACUGUGACUGUAGGUGCAGUCCGCCGCCCCGACAUUCGUCGCGCGGGAUCCGAAGGGCCAGGGGCAACGAUCUCAGCGACCACUCGAUAAGCAAUCGCGUGGAUCGUCGGGGUCAUCCGAUGCACUGCGAGUGCGGCGAAGUAACGAGGCCGUUAUGACGACGCGAGGAAACGGCUGAGAGUGCCCUGGCCACGUCGCAGUCCGACUUCUAGGCCUUAUCCACUUUGUUCCAGUUCUCUCCCGCCCUCGGCCGUUUCUAUCGUCCCCCAAACCAACAACCAUCUCCCAUCUCGAAGCCAUCGCACCUUGUACGCGGACACAGAACCGAAACCCAGCCACACCCCCGUCGCAAUCGUCGGAGACACACCCACAGACCGCGUCGCGACGGUGGGUCAAACAGUGAGACACGCGCGACUUCCCCCCGCAGCAGACACACGCGUGUACACACACACAACGCGUACACACA